AAUGUCCAGGAUUGGCGGUUCCAUCCCCAUUGUCUUCUCCUAUUUCUCGGAGUUCCUGGCCCAGGAGAAACGGGGGGAGCAUUUGAGCUGGCUCUGUAUGUUCUGGAUGAUUGGUGGAGUGUAUGCAGCUGCAAUGGCCUGGGCCAUCAUUCCCCACUAUGGGUGGAGUUUCCAGAUGGGCUCAGCUUACCAGUUCCACAGCUGGAGGGUCUUUGUCCUCGUGUGUGCCUUUCCCUCGGUGUUUGCCAUCGGGGCUCUGACCACGCAGCCGGAGAGUCCCCGCUUCUUCCUGGAGAAUGGGAAGCAUGACGAGGCCUGGAUGGUGCUGAAGCAGGUUCAUGACACCAACAUGCGAGCCAAGGGCCAUCCUGAGCGAGUCUUCUCAGUGACGCACAUUAAAACCAUUCAUCAGGAGGAUGAACUGAUUGAGAUCCAGUCUGAUACAGGGACCUGGUACCAGCGCUGGGGAGUCCGGGCUUUGAGCCUGGGGGGUCAGGUUUGGGGGAAUUUCCUCUCCUGCUUCAGUCCGGAGUAUCGGCGCAUCACUCUGAUGAUGAUGGGUGUAUGGUUCACCAUGUCGUUCAGCUACUACGGUCUGACUGUCUGGUUCCCCGACAUGAUCCGCCAUCUCCAGGCUGUGGACUAUGCAGCACGGACCAAAGUGUUCCCAGGGGAGCGCGUAGAGCACGUGACAUUUAACUUCACGCUGGAGAACCAGAUCCACCGAGGCGGGCAGUACUUCAAUGACAAGUUCAUCGGGCUGCGUCUGAAGUCAGUGUCCUUUGAGGACUCCCUGUUUGAGGAGUGUUACUUCGAAGAUGUCACGUCCAGCAACACGUUCUUCCGUAACUGCACGUUCAUCAACACCGUGUUCUAUAACACUGACCUGUUUAAGUACAAGUUUGUGAACAGCCGCCUGGUGAACAGCACGUUCCUGCACAAUAAGGAAGGGUGCCCGCUAGAUGUGACAGGGACGGGCGAGGGGGCCUACAUGGUGUACUUCGUCAGCUUCCUGGGGACACUGGCUGUGCUUCCUGGAAACAUCGUGUCUGCCCUGCUCAUGGACAAGAUUGGCAGGCUCAGGAUGCUUGCCGGUUCCAGUGUGUUGUCCUGUGUCUCCUGCUUCUUCCUGUCCUUUGGGAACAGCGAGUCAGCCAUGAUCGCUCUGCUCUGCCUUUUUGGGGGGGUCAGCAUCGCAUCCUGGAGCGCGCUAGACGUGCUGACUGUCGAACUCUACCCUUCGGACAAGAGGACCACGGCCUUUGGCUUCCUGAAUGCUCUGUGCAAGCUGGCUGCAGUGCUGGGGAUCAGCAUCUUCACCUCCUUUGUGGGAAUCACCAAGGCUGCUCCUAUCCUCUUUGCCUCGGCCGCUCUUGCCCUUGGAAGCUCUCUGGCCCUGAAGCUGCCUGAGACCCGGGGGCAGGUGCUGCAGUGAGGAGGGUCUCGGGGCGUCAGGGGGUGGCAGGCACACUGUGAGACCAAUAAUUCCUCUUAUCCCUUCCUUCCCUGCCCUGCCCUCCCGACCCUCACUCCCCUGUGUUUGGUGUCUUAGCUGUGUGUGCCUGUGUGCAUGUGUGUGACCCUGACGGGCAGGGACGACAGGGAAGGUCCCCUCAUCCCACGUGUGGGGUGAGGCACUCCCCACCUGCUGCCACCCCUCAACUUUGCACAGGAGAAGGUCGAGCUGCACCCUUCUCUCCCCCAGUGUUCGUGGGGGGCCCUUGUUUCCCUGAUCCGGGGGUUCCAGAACUUCUGCCUCCCCCUCCAUCCCCUCUGCCUAGGCCCUGGUGAACCACAGGUAUGGAGUCAUGUUGGGGGCUGAGGCUUGGACCAAAAGAACUUCUUGAGUGGGAAGGGCCUUGGGUGCCCUCUAACCUCCCAAGGAUGCUGGGGAGUAGCAAUAAACCUCAGCCCUCUGGCCUCCAUUUUCACCUCAAUGCAGGCUACAGAUAGGAAGCCUGGAUUUUAUGGAAUUAGUUUUCUGAUUCUUGUUUAUAUAUAAGUUCUGAGGCAGCUUAGCAGGACUGUGUGUGUAUGUGUGUGUAUGUAUGUGUGUGUGUGUGUGUGUGCCAUGGGGCAGGGGUACCACUAUACUGCUCAAAUCUAAGCCCAGGGUAGUAGUUUCAGUGAACACACACACAACACUGUCUUUCUUUAUUACCUCCCAGAAUCUUCCAUGUUGGAGCUGGGAGGGGGAAGAGCUAGCCAGGCUGGGAUGAUAGUCCUGCGAUCUAGGGAGACCUGGGGGCACCCGACAAGGCCUCACUCUCCUUCUUCCUCCAGAGAGGUUUCACCCCCUGGCCACAGGCCUCCCACCUGACCUGUCCUCACAGGCAGGACCCCGAGGAGAAAGGGAAGAACCAGACAUAAGGUCAAACCAGCAGAUCCAAAAGCACAAGGAGUUGGGGCAGGGGCAGGAAGCAGGGGUCCUCCCUCAGCCCUUCUCAAAGAGGCCGGGCAGUGAGGGACCCCCAAUGCAGGGACCAGAAGCCUCAGUUUCCCCAUCUCGCCGUCCACAGCCAGCCUCUGUAGGUAGAGCUGCCCCUGUCCUACCCUACUCUGUGUGGCUGCUUUCUUUGGUACUCUCCCCCGACGCCCUCUGUAGCUGUGAUGUGUUGUAGUUUUUAGCUGUUUGUAAAAUGUUAAAAAGUUAAAAGGAAGUUAAAAAUAACCACACACAAAAAAAGAAAAUUCCAAAUUCACCCUCCUCGCGCUUCGUCUGGUGCCCUCGACCCUAAGGCCAUUCCCUGAUUUUGUAACACUGAACCAGGUGGUGACUGUAACUCUGGUCUCUGUGCUCAAAGGACUGCCUUCUCCUCCAGUGCCCAGUGUACGAGUGUGUACCCCUCCUCACCAUUCCGUGGCUGGACGUAGCCCUCUCCCUUACAUCCCCGGGGGGGAGACACAUCCACUUUCUUGUCUCCUUGGGAACCCUAAACCUGACUCAUUGAUGUGAAAAAUGAAAUGAAAAAAACUGCUGAAAAAUAAAGGGUACCAAUCCUUAGAAUUCAAA